AUGCCUUGUGAAUGUGACUUGGAGUUUACAAGUUUAAAUCCUGUAAAUAGCCUUUUCACUUGUAAGGGUAAGGCUGUCUAUGUAUACACGAUACACCUACCUUCCCAUAUCCCACUUGGUGUGACAAGGGAGAGUCUUGGCACAACGGUUAGCUGCUACCCAUGUUAUAUUGCUUUUCAUGACGAAGAAUGGGGAGUUCCUGUUCACGAUGACAAGAAACUGUUUGAGUUGCUCAGCUUCUCUGGAGCCUUGGCGGAACUCUCAUGGCCCACCAUUCUUGGAAAAAGGCAGUUAUUUCGGGAAGUAUUUUUGGAUUUUGAUCCAUGUGCUGUUUCAAGAAUGAAUGAGAAAAAGACAGUUGCACCCGGAAGUCCUGCCAGCUCAUUGCUGUCAGAGCUCAGGCUGAGAUCCAUAAUUGAAAAUGCGCGUCAGAUGUGUAAGGUAAUAGAAGAGUUUGGGUCCUUUGACAACUACGUUUGGAACUUUGUGAACAAUAAGUCUAUAGUCAAUCAAUUCCGGUACCCUCGCCAAGUACCUGCCAAAUCUCCGAAAGCAGAAUUCGUAAGUAAAGACCUCAUAAAGAGAGGAUUUAGGAGCGUGGGACCGACCAUCAUCUACACUUUCAUGCAAGUAGCUGGUCUAACAAAUGACCAUCUUAUCAGUUGCUUCAGAUUCAAGGAGUGUAUCUUCUCCAAAGCAGAGGCAGAAGACAAAGAAAGCAACUCCCUCAACUCUAAGGUCAAAGGGAAGGCAAGUGAGGAUCCCACCAAUGUCAGUUUGAUGCUAGCUGUGAACAAGUUGAGUUUCUCCUCUUAG